AUGGAUGAUGCGGAGCCAGCGCUUGACUUUGCCAUCGUGCUGGCCGAGCCCAUUCCUUUGAAAGGACCGGGCAGUGCAUCCAGAAAGGAUGCUAGGGGACUCUAUGUGCGAAAGUUUGAGUAUCCUGGCACCUUGAAAACGUUGUCUGCACCUCCCAAGUCAGCCCAGGAUCAGGCUCCCGAGAUGGCAGCAUCAAUCGAUGCUUUGGCCAUGAGCACCCUUGGUUUAAGCCCUGCUCAGCAGCAGAUGGUGCUUGAACGAGCACGACCACCAGCCGGUGUGCCGAUGGCAGCAAAGGCUAAAGCAGCACCAGUGGCGGCGCCCGUGGAGCCUCCGUGCACACCCGAGCCCACGGUGAAAGCACCGACACCCCUGGACACCCCGCCAGAGAACCGUGAAGCCCGACCCGAAGCCCCGAAGAGGAUGCUCAACUUGAGUAUCGAUCCUGAGCCUAGCCCAGCAAAGCCGGAUGUCACUGCGGAAGCCCAAACCCAGCUGGAUACCGACAUGGACAGAGAGCUGCUACACCACCUCGAUAGUGCCGAAACUUUGGUGCUCGGCCAAACACAGAGCCUAGCGAGGAUCCCUACUAUCAACUCCUUGGACGGUGAGCCGAUGGACGACGAGGAUUUCGAGCUAGAAGCGGCCCGGGCAGCCGCUGCAAAGUACCAGGAGCUUCUGCAGAAGAGACAACAAAAGGCCGAAGUCGCGAAGAAAGCAGCAGCCGAAGCAGCAGCACUGGAGCAAGCACAGAAAGCCCAAGCCGAACAAGCAGCACAGGAACAAGCACAGAAAGCCAAAGCCGAACAAGCAGCACGGGAACAAGCGCAGAAAGCCCAAGCCGAACAAGCAGCACGGGAACAAGCGCAGAAAGCCCAAGCCGAGCAAGCAGCGCUGGAACAAGCGCAGAACGCCAAACGAGCAGCACUGGAGCAAGCGCUCGCAGCCCACAAAGCCCAAGUCGAACAAGCAGCACUGGAGCAAGCACAGAAAGCCGAAGCUGAGAAAGCAGCGUUGGAGAAAGCCAAAGCCGACCAGGCAGCACUGGAGCAACAGCAGAAAGCGCAAGCCGAACAAGCAGCACUGGAGGAAGCACAGAAAGCCGAAGCCGAAAAAGCAGCGCAGAGGGCGGCUUUGAUUCAGCAAACAGAGCUAAUGAUCCAGCAGGCACAGAAAGACGACGCCAACCGAGCAGCCAAAGAGGCACAACUGGAACUGGACCAGCAGGCCGAACGACAGCUACGUACUCAAGCAACAGACGCAGCGCUGCAAGCAGACCAGUACCGGAUCACUGCCGAGCGCCUGGCUCGGGAAGCAGAUCAAGCACGUCUGGUGUUUUUGGAAGCAAGCAAAAAAGCAGACGCAGCAGUAAAAGCUCGAGUCGACAAGACCUUGGAGGUGGAGCAAGCACAGCAGGACGCAGCCGAGAGAGCAACAAAGAGUGUGCAGGUUGGGUUCCGGGAUGUGGGCUUGUUGGGCGAGGAUGACUUUGAGCUCCCCGUGCUGAGCGAAGCCGAACAGAACAAGUACAAGGGCUUUUGGAACCGACUUCGCUCCAGAUCGUUCGAUACCCUGACCCUAAGCUGCAUUGAGAUGUUUCGUGCCAGCUUGAAAUCACAGUCAAAGAUCAAUCCCGCUUUCGAGGUCCGAGCCAGCUACACCGGGUCCCGAAUCGACAUCUUCGACUGCUGGUACUGCGGCGACUCCGGCGAUGAUUCCGAGCCCAACCACAUCCACUGCUGGUACCACGGCGACUCCUUCGAUCAUUCCGAGCCCAACCACAUCCACGGUCUCGUGGAGAGUACGGCGAACUCCGGUGCUGUUGGGACAACACCCGAAGCAUCCACUGCUGGUAUCGUGACGACAGAAAAACAAGCAAGCCCGGGACCUUUGCAAGACCUUUUACGAACCCUUUCGAGCGAUCCAUCGACUAUGGAAGCGAUCGCGAAGAUGCUUGCUGAGAUCAAAACCGCGAGUGUUCCAGCGACCCCGUCGCCAACCACUUUGAGUUCGCCCCCGCCGAAAGCGAGCACGGCGGCAACCCCGCCCCCGAGUGCACCCGCUCCACCGCCUGUGGCACCAUCCCCGGCGACUGUUGGGCCGACGACCACCGAACUGGUGCCGACGAGAUGCAAUUCCGCUAGCCACCCGGGCGAGUACAAGAACUUCAUAAGGUUCUGUGAAAGGCACGAACAUGCCGGCGAACUCAAAAGACUUUACUACCCCUGGACCGAAAUCCUGGACUUCCACUCGGGUGACCUCGAGAAAGCCAAAACCUUCAUUGAAAUGCGCCGAAGGCAAGCGAAAGGGACCAGCUGGGAUCGGAACGAUCCCACUGUGGAGACCUUUUUGUACUACGGCCGGGACGAAAUCUCGGCCGAGCUUGGAUGCGACCCUCGGUUCGCUGCUUCUCUGAUGGAGUCUUUCGAGAAAGGGAAUGUUAUCGGCCAAGGAGGGGCAGAUCUUGAAGCCACGAUCAUGGACGAGAAGAAUGUGGGGGAGUUUGUGCUGGAGGCUUUGGAAUCCCAAGAUGCUUUGAUCAAGUUGAUAGCUGCGGCACCGUUUGUGGAGGCUUUCAAGAAGCACCAAAGGGUGGCGUCGAACCUGUCCGGAGACACGAACUGGCUGGAUUUUUGGUCCCAAGCCAAAACUGAAGACUGGGGGAGGUCUCACCCGGUACAGAGCUGGGAUGAAGCAAGCAGAGCGACCGCAUACGGCAUCACCAUACAUGGGGAUGAGGGGCAAUCGAAGAGAAAGAAGAACGUUCUCGUUUUGAGCUGGAGCCCGGUGGCUGUUAUGCAAUCGGACUUUUUCGCGUACGACGAAGCUGGGGUAAAUAUUUCUCUUCAACAGUUCCAAAGGGACCUAGCUUGCUCGCUUCGGCAAUGCGCGUCGCCUGACAACGGUUUGGGCCAUACUCUUCACAUCAUUGCGGGGAAGGGCGACUGGAAGUGGAGAGCGGAAUGGCUAAUGCAAUCACGACACUAUAUGAAGGUGCAGAGCAGUACAGAUGGCUUGUGUCCGAGAUGCUUAUGUACCCGCGACACGUGGCUAGACGCGCAAGAACGUUUUAAUGCACCGGCCGAUUUGCAAACAGCACGCUUGACCGCCGUGGGCGACAUUCCGCUGAAGACGGUGCCCGGCUGGCAGCCGGAAAUGGAGGUUCCAGAUUUGCUUCACACGCUCUGGACCGGGACCGGGCGUGACUUGAUAGGCAGUCUGUGCCUUCAGAUCGUGGAGUUCAGCAGAAGCUACACUGGUAGUACGUACGACGAGAGAUUGCGACAGCUGAGACGAGACAUGCAGACAUGGUGCUCGGAGAACAACAUCAGGCCAUCGACCGUGGAGGAGCUAAGUAUUUUGGACCUAAUUAAUUAG